GAGAGAGAGGGCGGGCGAAACAAAAGCCUCUAAAACAGAACAGAUUCAAAAACUCACUUCUCUUCUCCUACUUCGUUCUCUACGCCACUGACCUUUUUCCAUUUCUGUCUGGAUAUUUGGAGACUAGGGUUAGGGCAAACCGGCGGAUCGGAGGCGGAGAAUGGCUGACAAUGGCGCCACUUCAGACUUCCAGCUUCCGGACGAGAUACUCUCCGUGAUCCCUACGGACCCCUACGAACAGCUGAAUCUGGCUAGAAAGAUAACCUCGCUCGCCAUCGCGUCCCGCGUCUCCAAGCUCGAGUCUGAGGCCGGUCGGAUGCGCCAGAAAAUUGCUGACAAGGACAGCGUCAUCUCCGAACUCCAGAGUCGGAUCUCUGAGCUUGAGAUUAUUUUCCGAGAGACGGAUGCGCGCCUGAGGACGUCCCUUGAGGAGAAUAUUAAGUUGUUGAAGGAGCGGGAUUCUUUGCUAGUGGCUUCGAAGAAGAUGAGUCGGGAUUUGGCGAAGAUGGAGACAUUCAAAAGGCAUCUGAUGCAGUCGCUGAAUGAUGAUAAUACUUCUACGGAAACUGUGGAUAUAGGAACCUGUGAUCAGUCUAUUACUAAAGCUUCCACUUGUAAAGAUGGUGUCUCUGCUGCCCUCACUGCGCCAUAUCCAGCCAGCGCAAGUACAGAAAAGAACAAUACAACUCAAGACGGAAAGAAGUUCAUCUCAUCUUACAUCACUCCUCGGCUCACCCCCGGCACCACACCAAAGGUAAAAUCAAACGCCGGUUCUCCAAAAAGGUGUUCGACCGGAGUAUCACCAAAAAUGACAUCUGGUGCAACUUCUCCCUCAAAAUCUCAAGCCGAAGGAUACACUUCAAUGUCUCCAUGGUGCCCAUCAAGCAAGCAAUCAUCUGCAGCCAAUUCUCCUCCCCGGGGACGUUCUUUGCCAGGGCGCACUCGUGUGGAUGGCAAGGAGUUCUUCCGCCAAGCCAAGAAUCGUCUCUCUUAUGAGCAAUUUGCAGCAUUUUUAGCCAAUAUCAAAGAACUAAAUGCCCAGAGACAGUCACGAGAGGAAACUUCGAAGAAGGCAGAAGAAAUUUUUGGAGCAGACAAUAAAGAUCUGUUUCUUUCCUUUCAGGGGUUGCUCAAUCGUAACAUGCCUUAGAUGGUGGAAAAAUUAUUACGUGCGGGUUCGGAUUUGCCCGGAGACCAAUAAAAAUGCGCCACAUCGCUCCCAAAAAUGCACCGCGCUCAGUACCGAGCGCGGAAUGGGACGGUUCUCCCGUACGGUGUCCGCACACAAUAAUCUCCUCGGAGAGAUUAUUCUGUGCGGACACCGGAUGGGAGAACCGUCCGGUACUGUUUGGUACUGAGCGCGAUACAUUUUUGAGAUGAUGUGACACAUUUUUAUUGGUCAUUGGAUGAUGUCCGGACUCUGCACAAAAUAAUUUGUCGUCACGGUAGGGGAUGCUAAGCAAUUAAUUAGGGUUGCGAACAAUCUGCUUAUAUCUAGCUGAUCCGAACCUGCCUCAGGAUCUGCGUGAACAUUCUAUUUGAUCUCCAGUCGGGUUAGGUUUAGCUAC